UGCUCUGUGCGCAGGGCACACGCCUCCUCCUGCCCGCGACACGCACGUGACCCGGGAGCGAUUUAUUAUUCUUCCAGCCGCCAGCGACGCUGCACAGUUACCAUAGGAACCAGGCGGCUUACUUGCUGCUCUCCUACCAGCCUGUAGACGCAUGCACCCGGCCGGCAGCGGUGACAUCAUGUGCUGCAAUGGCAGCUCUCCUCCUCAGCGGGUGUAGGGACUGCAGCGCCUGGGGUGGCUGUCAUUGCUGAGAGCCGAUUACAUCUCUGACAGUAACCAUGGAGAAUAUAAAGGAAGAGCCUGCUGAUACGGGUGCAGAUUCCAUGAGCAGUACAUCCCAUGAACAAUAUUAUUCACAUGUAGGUGACAAAGCCAUAAAAGAAGAGAAUGAGCCAGAGUUGGAAAAUGAGGCUAACAAGGACUUCAGAAUAAUGACUGUAAAUGACUCAGUAGCAAGCAGGAAUUUGAGUGACCAUGAGGUUAGAUCUCUGCUGCAGGUGUGGUCAGAUGAGAAGGUCUCCCAUCAGCUGAAAGAUUCUCAAGUACCAGCUAAAAUUCAUAUUUCUGAUCAGAAAAUGACAUAUGUUCCUGACAAACCCCCGCCUGGGCUCCCUGUUACUGUGACAAUUGGAAGGAUGCAGGACUCAGAAAGGUUUAUCAAUCAGCAUGGAGACUAUCAGCAAGAACACCAUAGCUUUACUACUCAGUUGUCACAGCUACAAGCAAGGUGUAAAAGAAACGGCAGUCUGUAUAGCCGGUCAGCGAAACGUUGCCGAUCUUCCUCUGGAAAAUUUAGGAAGGUCUCCAAAGAUAUUAUCUGUUUGCCAGCGGAAUACCCAGAAGAGAAUUGCACAUACAGGGUUCCACGUGGUAAAGAGAGAGAACAGCUGGCUAUGCAGGGACUAGUGGGCAAGAUCCUCAUACAGUCUUCCUGGAGCUUUGAGAACUUCAGGAGCGAAGUGGUCUCCCUUUUCCGAAAGCAUUUUUCAUGUUCUGAUAAUGAGUUUUCAUUCAAUUUCUUACAGUGUUUACCAGGGAAUCGGAAACUGAUUAAGCCUAAUGUAUCCGCCAGCUUUAAGUGGAGUGGUAUUGCAAUUAUAAGCCUGGCAGCCCAAGGCUCAUUGUACAUCAAAACGCAGCACACUCUUGCUGCACCUGCACAGAACCUUUUCUUUAAUAGUAAGCAGCGUCUUCCUGAUGUAGAUAGUGAUGGUGAACAUAUGAAUGUCAGAAACGCAUCGCCAUCAGACAUCCAGAAGGUAGAAGUCAGCCAGCGAACAGCUGCCCGUCUCGUAAAUAGCUCAUCCCCGCUGAACAUGGAAAAUUCACAAUACUGUGCAUUGAAAAACUUUGAGGCUCCCUUGCACAGUGCCAGUAUUCCAGGCUUUUCUGCUGAAACCAAAUCAACCACAGGCAUGAGACUUGGCGAGAAGCGAAACCAGGGGAAAUGUGAAGCAAUGUAUGAACAUCCGGAGCAUCCUGGAAUUUUACUGAUGCCGUCCAAGGACCACAUUGCUACUGGAAAUGAAGCUAGGAGGGACCAACUAAUAGGCAAAGCCUCCAACAUGACUACAAGCUGUGUUUUAAAACUACUACAAGAAGCAGGUAUCAAGACAGCAUGUGUCAGAAAGUUCAGUGAGAAGGGAUUUAUCACCUCCAGCUGUGAAAUAAUUCCCAUUGAAUGGGUCUGCUGGAGAAUGGCCACUGGCUCCUACCUCAAGAGACAUCCCGAUGUUGAAGAAGGAUGCAGGCUUUCUCCGCCAAAAGUAGAGAUGUUUUCUAAGGAUAACACCAGUAAUGAUCUCCAGUGUUCCGAGGAGCGGUUGCUGGCUGCAAAGGUCACUUGUGCCGGACGUGCAAUUGGUCAGUCUGAAAUAAACAUCAUGAGCCGUAGCACGGUAGCCAUCUUUGAAAUUUUGGAAAGAUCUUGUUUGGCUGAAGACUUCAGACUCAUAAAUAUAAAGAUUAAGUUUGGUGUGGAUACUGACAAAAAUGAAAUUGUCCUUGCGGAUGUAAUGGACUAUGAUUCUUGGCACCAGAGUCAGUUAGAAGCCAAAACUCAGCAGAAUGAUAAGCAACGCUUGUUAAGCCUGAAAAGUCCAGGAAGGGUGGUUGUGCUGAUGGAAUCCAUUUCUUAUCUUGUGCACUGUGACAAAAUCAAGGUGGUGUGUGCCAGCUACGGUAUCCAAUGUGAGCUGAGGGUGACAUCUGCGGACAUCGCACCAGAGGAGACGCUGCAAAUAAAAUCCCAGUAUGAAGGAGAUGACAUUCCCACUGUCUUCAUCACUGUAGCGAGUAGAAGCUAUGGUUUGGCAUCCAUGCUGUCUGCAAAUACUGCCUAUCCUGUCAUUAACUGCCCCCCAGUCACAGCAGACUGGAGUGAUCGGGAUGUCUGCUCCACCCUCAGGACGCCAGAGAAUACUAGGUUUUGCACUGUGCUGUCUCCUCAAGCAGCAGCUCAGUUUGCCGUCCACAUUUUGGGAUUAAGCAGCCACCUGCUGUGGGCCAAACUGCGCUCCUCCACUUUAAACAAUUGGGUCUCCCUGAAGCAGGCGGAUGUGAAGCUGAGAGAAUGCACCAUGUGACACAUCCCUAUUACCUGCUCUAUGUUCUGUCAUGCCAUUCCUGCUGAAGCACUGCCUUGUAUAUGUGUGACAUGUUAUGCAGGGCAGGGGGACAUAAUUAUAUUGAUUCCAUAACCGAUCAGACUGAGAACAGCUGAGACCAUGAUAAAUAAUCCCAUUUUACUCUUUACAGCAUUACAGAGAGGUGCUGUGACCCAAUUACAGAAGGAUUACAAUUACCAUCAGGCUUGGUGCUCACGUUAUGUGUCCCUCAGUCCGCCUGUGAUAGUAAGCAUCUCUGUCUUCAUGUAUUGAAACCUGUAGCAAAUCUUGAAGUCAACAGUAUUUUGCAACAGACAUCUCUCUAUUUAUAUAUGCGCCACUGAAUUUGACUGGAGGUGAUGCCCUUAUAGCCCUGGACCACUGCCUCACAGCAUUCACACAAACAGAAGCCAACAGGAAUUGUUCUGCAUAACGGAGAGCUCCCAACAGCUAGCGUCCCUUGUGUAGACUCCCCUCUGAUUGGCCUAUCCUGCUCUGUAACAGUAACUGAUAUCAUCCCUGCUAGCAGGCUUGUGCCAAUGUAAGUAGGGGGAAUAGAUGGUAGAGAAAAGCUGUGUGUUCUUACAGGUUUUACUUGGAACGUAAUUGGUUCAGUUGAUUUGGUCACAAAAGAUGUAUUCAGCGUUAUCUACCUCAAUAAAUGAUGGUUACAUUCAGAAACA